AUGGAAUAUCAGAAUAGACAAAUUGUUCUAGAUCACCUCAUAUGUUUAGGGUUCUGUCCAAACUACUUGAAAUGGGUAUAUCAUGGGGAGGACACAACAGUUGCAUCAACAAGCACAACCCAUAACGAAGAAGAAAGCAUAUUUCACCAUGAAAUGCAUGAAAUGUUGAAUGAUAUUUUUGAGAUGGAAGGUGGAAGGGGAGCGGAAAUACAUGAGAAUGCCUUAAAUAAUAGUCAAGAGAUGGGAAAUGGGAGAAAUAAAUUCGAUGACCUUAUGAAGGAGGCUGAAGAGAAAGUGUAUCCGAAUUGCAAAUACAACAAAUUAUCAUGUGUGGUGUAUUUGUACCAUUUAAAGUGUCUUGGUGGUUGGAGUAACAAAUCUUUCUCUAUGUUGUUAGAGUUUUUAAAGGAUUUGUUACCUGAAAGAAAUGUGUUACCUAAAUCAACACAUCAAUGGCAUCAUGUGGAUCGUGUAAAAGAUGGAAAGUUGCGACACCCAGCAGAUGCAUUAAAUUGGAAAGAUUUUGAUGAAAAGUUUCCAGAAUUUGCUCGUGAUCCCCGUAAUGUUCGCCUAGCUUUGUCGAGUGAUGGUUUCAACCCGUUUAGGACAAUGAAUGUGGCACACAGUAUUUGGCCAGUUUUUCUUAUUCCAUACAACUUGCCUCCAUGGUUGGUUAUGAAGCAACCAAAUUUCAUUCUUUCUUUAAUCAUUCCGGGUCCAAAAAGUCCUGGAAACAAAAUAGACGUGUAUAUGCAACCUCUGAUUAAAGAGUUGAAGGAGUUAUGGGAGGAUGGAGUUAAUACAUUUGAUGCAUCAACGAAACAACACUUCCAGUUGAAGGCUGCUCUUAUUUCUACCAUAUCAGAUUUUCCAGGUUAUGCCAAUCUGUCAGGAUGGAGCACUAAAGGAGAACUUGCAUGUCCUAUAUGUGGUUUUGAUACUGAUUCCAAAUGGCUAACCAAUGGAAGAAAGUGGUGUUAUAUGUGUCAUAGGAGGUGGCUUCCAGUUGACCAUCGUUGGCGUUUAGACACUAGAUCAUUUCUUGGACGCCACGAAUUAAGAGUAGCUCCAGUUCCUUCUUCUGGAAAGGAGAUUCUACAAAAACUAGAAAAUACAGAAUUUCUUGUUGACAAUGUUAAUGGCGGUCCAUGGAAAAAGAAAAGUAUUUUUUUUAUGUUGCAAUAUUGGGAACAUUUGCUUUUACGUCACAAUCUUGAUCCGAUGCACAUUGAAAAAAAUGUGCAAGACAACAUAGUGGGGACAGUAUUAGGACAAGAAAAAAAGUCCAAAGAUAACUAUAAAACAAGGCUUGACUUACAAGAAUUAGGUAUGAGAAAGGAAUUGCAUCCAAAGAAACGACCUAGAAGUAAUGUUACUUUCAUACCAAAAGCCUGCUAUCAGAUGUCCCGGGUUGAAAAGACUGAAUUUUUAAAAUGUCUCAAGUCAAUCAAACCACCUGAUGAGUUUUCAUGCAAUAUCUCUCGAUGUGUUCAUUUAAAUGAGCGCAAACUAAUUGGGAUGAAAAGUUAUGAUUGUCACGUGUUGAUGCAAGAGUAUUUGCCGAUUGCAUUACGUGGAACUUUACCGGACCAUGUAAGCUCGGUCAUAAUUGAAUUAUGCGAUUUUUUUAGGAUCAUUUGCUACAAGGAUUUAUCUGAUGAUGAUCUAAAUUUUAUUGAGGCUAAAGUUUCUCUCACUCUAUGCAAAUUAGAGAAAAUAUUUCCGCCUUCCUUCUUUACUGUAAUGGUACACUUGGUAAUCCAUUUAACCAGAGAGGUGAGGCUUGGAGGUCCUGUUGCAUUUCGUUGGAUGUACCCUAUUGAAAGGUACCUUUGUAAACUUAAGUCAUACGUUCAUAAUAGAGCUUGUCCGGAAGGAUCAAUUGCUGAAGGUUAUAUAGCUGAAGAAAGUAUAACUUUUUGCUCCAGAUAUAUAUCGAAAGUAGAAACCGUCUUCAGUAGACCAGUUAGGAAUGAUGAUGAGGGUCAACAAAAUGACAUUGAAGAAUCCAACAAUCUUUGCCCCGGUCGUGCUAUAGGGCAUAAAUUGCAUUCGGGACUAUCUUUUCACAAAAGAAGGAGGAGAUCUUCAAAUUCAGUCAUUGAUGAAAAGUCACUUUCUCAAGCUCAUCGUUAUGUACUAUUCAAUGUCGAGUCAGUUUCACCUUUUCGAGAGGAACACAAACGGAUAGUCAAGGGACAAAACCGUUCUCGUCGGCUACCAGAUUAUGAAAUCGACAAGAUUCAUGCCCAACAGUUUAGUGAUUGGUUCAAGAGAAGGGUUGCACGUAUGGAAGAACAAGGUGAUGAAGUAAUUGAAGACCUAAAAUGGCUUGCUCGUGGUCCACUUAGAAGUGUGCAACGAUACUCUGGAUACCUUGUUAAGGGUUACCGUUUUCAUACAAAAAAUCGAGAGAAAUCACUAAGAACCCAAAAUAGUGGUGUCGUUGUUACUGUAGAAGGUGCAAAUUAUGCUAGUAGUCGAGAUAGAAGGCCUGUUCAUAGCGUGAUUAACUACUAUGGUAAAUUGAGUGACAUUAUUGAGUUAAACUACUCAGGUCAAAUACGAGUAGUUUUAUUCAAAUGUGAGUGGGUUGACAUCAAUAGGGGCUGCAAGAAAGAUAAUGGUGUAACAUUGGUGAAUUUCUCAUACAGGGCGCAUACAGGUGCUAAUUUAACAGAUGAUCCCUUCGUAUUGGCAUCACAAGUUGAGAAAGUUUUCUAUGUCACAGAUCCUAAGCAGAAAGAUUGGGAAAUUGUCAAACAUGUAAAAUUAAGAGAUGUAUUUGACAUGGGAGGUGUCGAUACUCAGGUUUCUCCCUAUUCUAAUGAUUGCACAUUUGAUGUGCCUAAUUUGCAUAGGAUUGGGGAUGAUGGUGAAGAUGGCAUAGACAUUACCCCUGAGAUGGAACAUGAAGAAGAUGUUGAAGAAAGCGAUGAUGACUUUAUUCUUUUUUGA